AUGCAUAAUAGUUAGAUGUGUUUAUGUUAGAUUAGUCUAUUAAAUAUUCAAUAUUAAUUUAUCAUUGGUCAUGAAGGUGGUGUAUUUCUGGUUAAUACAUUUUUAUUUAAUGUUUGGAAUAUGCGUUUUUUGUGACAAAGAACUUGAAAGACGACAAACUGCAUCAUAUUGCAUAAUAAAUUCCGAGGACACGUUUAAUUGUUCAAAUGGACUGUGCAUUGAUACGUCGGCUGUCUGUGAUGGUCAUGCAGAUUGUUCAGAUGGUUCAGAUGAGACCAGCGAUUUGUGUGCUAAACUAACAUGUAAAAGUUAUGAAUAUCGAUGUCAAUAUGGAGCUUGUGUGGAUAAUGUUAAAAAAUGCAAUGGAAAAAUUGAUUGUAUCGAUGGUUCUGAUGAAAACUUAACCGAAUGUAAACUAAGAUCUAUAAACCGCACUAAACAUAUCAAUGGGUCGUCCAAAUGUCUGAGUUUAUGUGUUUUACCAACUGCAGAAGGGAUUAUAUAUUCUUACAAAGGUUCAAAUAAUGUUCUACCUCACGGGACAUUAAUUUAUCCUCGUCGCAUUGUAAUUGAGAACUGUGAAAUUGGAUAUUAUAAGGCUUACCCCAAUAGUUUUAGGGUUUGUAAAGGUAAUGGAAAAUGGAUAACGAAUUCUGAAAAAUUGUGUUUUAAUUGCGGUAAACCAUAUGUCAAACACAAAUUAUUGAUUGAUAAUGGUAAGACAGCACAUGUUGGAACAGCACCUUGGAAUGUUGGAAUUUAUCGAUUUAAUGAAGAUAAUUCCAUAUAUGACUUGAUAUGUGGAGGAUCAAUAAUUUCUUCAAAUUUAGUUGUUUCUGCGGCUCAUUGUUUUUGGCAAAAAGAUAUGGUAUCUAAUAUAAUACCAAUAUACGAUGACCUGUAUAAAAUUGCUGUUGGAAAAUAUAAUAGAGAUUUGACAAUAAUUGACAAUGAUUUUACUCAAAUAAUAAAUGUGCAAACAAUUUAUCUGAAAGAAGAUUAUUAUGGGUAUAAUCGGUUCUAUUCUGAUGAUAUAGCUGUUAUCGUAUUAAAAAACAGAAUUUCUAUUAGUAGUGGUGUGGCACCAGUUUGUGUUGAUUGGAGUGGUAAAUAUAAUGUACAGAAUGGAGCUCAAGGAAAGAUUGUUGGUUGGGGAAAAACGGAGAAAGAUACAUUAAGUUCUGUUUUAUUAGAAACAACUUUAUCAUACAUCGAUCACAAUUCUUGUCGAAGCAUGUAUACAAAUGGAUUUCAGAUGUUUGUGACUAUUGAUAAGUUUUGUGCUGGGUCUGCAUUAGUUUCAGGACCAGGGGUUUGUGAAGGUGACAGUGGUUCAGGCUUAACGUUUUUACAUUCUGGUUUUUAUUAUUUAACCGGAAUAGUAAGUCUCAAGGAUCCAAACACAAAUAAUUCAAUAGCAGUUUUUACAGAUGUUAAAUAUCACAUUAAAUGGCUUCAUGAACUAUAUAAAAAAUAUACUUUUUAUGAAAGUCACUAUACAAAUAAUACAAUAGAUAAGUCAAAUUUUAUGGUUACGAAAAAUGUUUGCGUUUUACCAACUGCCGAAGGGGUUAUAUAUUCUUACGAAGGUUCAGAUAAAAUUUUAUCUCGCGGUACAUUAAUUAAUCCUCAUCGUAUUAUAAUUCAGAAUUGUGAAAUUGGAUACUAUAAGGCUUACCCCAAUAGUUUUAGGGUUUGUCAAGGUAACGGAAAAUGGAUAUCGAAUUCUGAGAAGUUAUGUUUUAAAAUGUGUCCACCUCUAUUAUCAGAUAAUGUAGAUAUUAAAUGUACUCUAAAUGGUAAGUUCGCUAAUUGUUCAAAUCCAUCAAUACCCGAUACAAUAGCUAUACCAUCAUGUAAGCCGACAUACAUUUCAUUGAUUAGACAAGAAAAGACGCCAGUGGAAUUACAUUGUCAGUCUAAUGGAAUGUGGAAUAAUCAACUAUAUAAAUGCAUUCCACAUUGUGGUAGAGUACAUAAUGAUGGCAAAAUAUUGAUUAAUAAUGGUAAGACAUCACAUUUUGGAACAGUCCCAUGGAAUGUUGGAAUAUAUAAAUUUAAUGAAGAUAGUUCCAUGUAUGACUUGAUAUGCGGAGGAUCAAUAAUUUCUCCAAAUUUAGUUGUUUCUGCGGCUCAUUGUUUUUGGCAAAAAGAUAUGGUAUCUAAUAUAAUAUCAAUAAAUGAUGGUUUAUACAGAAUUGCUGUUGGAAAAUAUAAUAGAGAUUUGACACUAAUUGACAAUGAUUUUACUCAAAUAAUAGAUGUGAAAACAAUUUAUCUGAAAGAAGAUUAUUAUGGGUAUAAUCGGUUCUAUUCUGACGAUAUAGCUGUUAUUGUGUUAAAAAACAGGGUUUCUAUUAGUAGUGGUGUUGCACCAGUUUGUGUUGAUUGGAGUGGUAGAUAUAAUAUAUCUAAUGCAGCUCAAGGAAAGGUUGUUGGUUGGGGGAAAAUGGAUAAUGGAACUUUAAGUCCUAUUUUAUUAGAAACAUCGUUACCAUACAUCGACCAUAGAUCUUGUCGAAAUAUCUAUUCAAAUGGAUUUAAAAUAUUUAUGACUUAUGAUAAAUUUUGUGCGAGUUUUACAUUGGGACAAGGAGUGUAUCAGGGAGAUAGCGGUUCAGGUAUAACGGUAUUACACUCUAAUUACUAUUAUUUAACUGGAGUGGUAAGUGUCAAGGAUCCCAGCAUAAAUAAUUCAAUAGCAGUUUUUACAAAUGUUAAACACCACAUCCAAUGGCUUCAUGCACUGUAUAACAAAUAUAUACCUACAUAGGUAUUAUGUCAGUGACAAUAAUACAUCCAAGUUCAAUUAUGUUUUGAUGGAAAUGUCAUAAUCAUAAUUAACAAUAAUUAUAAUUUAAAUUUUCAAUCGAUAUUUGUAUAAAUAACUACUGUUUACUCUCGAGUUACAAUUUUUCAUUUAAAUUACACCUAAUACGUAUAAUAUUAUAAACAUAUUAAAUUCAAAUAAUCUUUUCUGCAUGUACUUACACAUUUUGUAUUG